AUGUCCGUGCGCCGAUUUUCUUCCUCCGGCGAUGCCGACCCCGAGUGCACGGCUGUGGUCUUCGGUGCCGUCGCGGGCCCGUACACCCACUCCGACGCUCAGGCAGCGGAGUUCUCUUGCUCGGUGAAGGCGCUGCACUGCGAGAUGCCUCAACAGCUGGCUGGCUACGUGUUUGACCGGGCGCGGUGUGGGCCCGCGGCCGCGUCGCCGCAGUGCGAGGUGCAGUGCGCGCAAGGCUAUGCUGGCUCCCCAGUGGCCCACUGCCUCACAGGCGGCGGAGAAUUUCACCUGGAGGGCUGCGCUCUGCUCUCCAGCGCCUGGGACCUCCACGCCAGCGGCUGCUGCUCGGCCCACGGCUCGCUGCCUGCAGUGGCGACGCAGCGCGCGGUCUCGCUGGCCCAGUGCCAGGCGGCGUGCGAGGCCCACGGGAACUGCGCCGCCGUCACCUACCAUGCCGCGGUCUCCCGAUGCCACCUCUUUCCAGGCCUCACCGGCUCACAGCAGGCUGCCGCCA